CCCUCCUACUCCUCGCAAGCAAGCAUGUCGUACAAGCCAGGCCCAAUCUACCCCGCCAACCCGGCCACCGCGCGCUCGGAGAGCACAAAGCUCGGCGUCGACCCCAAGGGCGAGAAGAUCAUCUACACCAACGGACGCGCCGUGGUCAUCCGUGAUAUCAACAACCCCUCGGUCGCGCACGCGUACACUCAGCACACCCAGACCGCGACCGUCGCGCGCUUCUCCCCCUCGGGCUUCUACGUCGCAUCUGGAGACGUCGCAGGCAACGUGCGCGUGUGGGACGUGACCAACCCCGCCGAGAACAUCCUCAAGCUCGGCAUCCGCCCCAUCAGCGGCAGGAUCAACGACCUCGCCUGGGACUCGGAGAGCAAGCGUAUCAUUGUUGGUGGAGAGGGCAAGGACAAGUUUGGCGCGGCAUUCUUUGUCGACUCGGGCUCGUCGUGCGGAGAAAUCACGGGCCACUCCAAGCCCAUCACGGCGCUCAGCGUCCGCCAGCAGCGCCCCUUCCGCGCCGUCUCGGGCUCGGACGACAACACGCUCGUGUUCCACACUGCCGUGCCCUUCAAGUAUGACAAGGUGAGCUUUAACGAGGUCCAGCACGUAGCUCACCGCCAGAUCAUCAGCACCCACACCCGCUUCGUUCGCGACGUCGGCUUCUCGCCCAACGGUGACCUCUUCGCGUCCGUCGGCUCGGAUGGCAAGCUCUUCUUCUACGACGGCAAGACUGCCGAGGUUAAGGCUGAGGCUACUGGUGUUGACCCCACGAGGAGUUUGAUGGGCCUCUCUUGGAGCCCCGACUCGACCAAGCUUGCGACUGCUGGCGCUGACGGCGUCGUUGCCCUGUGGGACGCUUCCACUGCCAGGAUCUCGCAGCAGUGGGCUGUCGGCUCCGACGUCAACUCGCAGCAGAACGGCGUCGUUUACGCCAACGCCAACACUGUUGCCUCGGUGUCGCUCUCCGGCGAACUCAACGUCUUCGACGUCCGCGAGCCCUCAGCCAAGUGGCGUGUCCUCCACGGCCCUACCAAGGCCAUCACUGCUGCCGCGCUGGACAAGGAGCAGACCUUCUACACUGGCUCGUUUGAUGGUAGCGUCAAGGCGUUCUCGGUCAACAACGGCGAGUGCUCAGACGUCGGCGGCUCGGGUCACUCGGCACGCAUCGUCGGCAUCGCGCCCAACGGCCAGGACAAGGUCUUCACUGCGGCCUGGGACGACAAGGUCGCUACCAUUGCUGGCCAUGAGUUCACCUCGUCGUCGCUACCCACCAAGAGUCAGCCCACAGGUCUCGCUGCUACGCCUAGCGGUGUUUACGUUGCGUCGGCCACUGGCCUCGAGAUCGUCCCUGCUUCUGGUGGCUCGGCAACCCACAUUGACGGAGCCUUGACCGCCGUUGCUGCUCACGCUGGCCCCAACGGCGACGUGAUCGCCCUCGGCACUGGUCCCAAGAAGGUCACCCUUGCAACCGUCUCUGGCGGCAAGCUCAACGUCGUCGCCGAGUUUGAUGACAACAAGGGCGACGUUCUCUCCCUUGCCUUCUCGGCUGACGGAGGUCUCCUCGCGGCCGGAGAUUCCGCCGGCAGAAUCGUCCUCAUCGACGUCAAUGCCAAGUCGGUCCUCGUCUCGUCGCGCUGGACGUUCCACACUGGUCGCAUCGAGAGCCUCGCCUUCUCCCCUGCAGGCAAGCGCCUCGCCUCGGGCGGUGCCGACGAGAGCAUCUACAUCUGGGACCCGUCCAAGGUGCUGCGCAACGUGGCCAUCAAGAACGCGCACCCUGGUGGUGUGAGCGGCGUCGCGUGGGAGAGCGAGACAAAGGUGAUCUCGGCGGGUGCGGACGCCUGCGCGCGUACGUGGGACGUGCCAGAAUCGUCGUAGUGUGGGGACGGAUUGGCUGCAGCGGCACAUUGUUUGUCUAGAGAUGCAUCAAAGUGUGUAG